GCUACUGAUCCCUAUCCUCUCUAUCCACCGAGUCUGAGAGAGCUUUUUAUUCUUCUUCACUUGUGUUGGUUUGGGGAACUCCGGGCACCGUUCCCUGUAAUCAUGGCAGCCUUUCUCUCGCUUUCUUCGCCUGCUCCAAGCAGAGUAUUUCACUACCCUUCUACGUCAUUCAAGGGCAAUGCAAGUAGUCUUAAUAGUCUUAAAACAAGUUCAACUCCAAUUCCAUCCCUCAAAUUUCAACUCAAGAGGAAAGAAGGAAGACCAAUUGUUGUUCUCAGUCGAGCUUCUUCUUCUUCAUCUACUGCUGCUUCACCAAGUCCAGAUGUUCGAUUUCGGCUUGAUAAUCUGGGUCCCCAGCCCGGCUCCAGAAAGAGAAACAAGAGGAAAGGGAGAGGUAUUUCAGCUGGUCAAGGAAACAGUUGUGGUUUUGGGAUGAGAGGUCAGAAAUCCAGGUCCGGCCCCGGUGUUCGCAAAGGUUUCGAGGGUGGCCAGAUGCCUCUUUACCGCCGUAUCCCGAAACUUAGAGGAAUUGCUGGAGGUAUGCAUGCUGGGCUGCCAAAGUAUGUCCCUGUGAACUUGAGAGAUAUAGCAGCUGCUGGGUUCCAAGAAGGGGAUGAGGUUUCACUAGAGUCCUUGAAGGAGAGGGGAUUGAUCAACCCUUCUGGAAGAGAGCGAACCCUUCCCUUAAAGAUUCUAGGGGAUGGGGAAUUGAAUGUGAAGUUGAACAUAAAGGCUCGUGCCUUCUCACAAUCAGCAAAGGAGAAGCUUGAAGCUGCUAACUGUUCUAUUACUGUAUUGCCUGGGCGAAAGAAAUGGGUUAAACCAUCAGUGGCUAAAAACCUAGCACGUGCUGAAGAGUAUUUUGCAAAGAAAAGAGCUGCUGAGACUGCUGCCGCUGACCCAGCUUCUGCUUGAGUUGCAUUGAUGACUCAUGUCAACUUGUACUUGACAUUGUAGAAGAGGAUAUGAAUCUUCUGCUUUUGCUCAUCCUCUAAACCAAAGCCCAUAUCUCACACCAUCUUUACUAAAGUUUUUUUUUUUUUUUCCGGAGAUGAAGACCCACAUUGAUAGACUGUAAUUUCAGAAACCACCAUCACUAUCUUUUAAUCAUUUAUUUAUUUGAUCAAUUCCUUCAAUUCUGCAAUUUCUGGAACUCAAAUGUAUGCCUUCUUCUUGGAUGUGUAAAUUAUCAUCAGAUUUUUGAGGUUGAGUUUUCA